AAAAAAAACAUCCGCCGUCGCUCGCUCCUUCCUUCCUCACCCUAGCCCCAAUCCACAGCCCCACGCCCCUCGCUCCUUCCUUCCUCACCCGCCGCCGCUCCCUCCCACCUCCUCCUCCUCCUACCCCUUCUGCGCCCUAGGAUCCCCGCCGCCGCCCUGCUGCUACUCCUCCACCGGCCCGCCCUGCUGCGUCGCGAGCCCCUAGAAUCGACAAGCAAGCGCCCCGCCGCCGCCGCCGCAGGCGCACGACAAACCGCCGGUGCACGCACACUUGAAGCAUUGUAUAACAUCGAACACAUGAGAGAUGAACUUCUCAGGCGGCCGGCUUAAUCGGAGUGAGGCGAUGCUUGCCUUGCUGAUCGAUUCAGGUCUCCUCCCAUGCAGAUAUAGGCUCCUUGCUGCGGUGCUGGAGAGACGCGCAGGAGCAUGGAGUGGUUUGGCUGUUAGAUCCAUCGCCAACUCGAGCGAACACCAUACUGGGCAGGUGCCAUGGUGGCCGGUGCUUGCGUGGCGGGCAGCAGCCUCUGGCUGCUGAUCGUCAGCGUCAUAGGAGCCCCCUCACUCCAGUGCAUGUUUGCUUCAAUAUUGUUUGGAAGUGCAGACCGCUCACUGAGGAUGAAUUUUUUCCUGCCAUUGAAGAGAACUACUAUAUCUCAAAGAAGUUCUACUUCGACCUUUCCUACCAGCAGUGUGUGCGCAUGCUCAACAGUCGAUGUUAAGAAGCGCUUCCUUCAUGAGCUUAGUUUGAUUUGGCCCGGUUUUGAUGCCUCUGCAGUGUGUGCGCAUGCUCAACAGCAUGCCGAAGCAGGCGAUGUGUCAUGUCCCGCGCGGCAGCCUCCCUGAUCCGCCUCGGCACCCACAUCAAGUCCUCUCGGUCUACCUCCUCCAUCAUGUAGCAUGGCUUUGAGCGGCCAGGUGUCCCAGAUUGACAGCGACGGCGGCAUGAGGGUGUGAUAAAAUAAUAAUUAGCAGUAACAUGAACUAAUAUGAUGUUUAGCACCAGGGGUAACUUUAUGCAAUCACACUUAGUAAGUAGCAUUUUCUGUUGCUCUAUGAUUUUUAUGUGGGUAAUGGUGAUCUCUAUACAAACUAUAGAUGAUGUUAAAGUACAUGUCACACUGAAAAAGAACAUGCCUGAGAUAAGGCCAUGGAACCUUCAUUUGGUGCAUACUAGGGACAAGAAAUGCUAUGCUAUAAAAGGUUUUUGAGCAGAGGUACUAGCAGUUGGAUGCUCCAUGCCA